CUUCAAAGGCCAGCCCAUCCGCCUCGGCUGCACCAAAGACUAUUGAGAAGCUUGCUGGGGUGUUCUCAGUGCGGAGACAGGGCUGUACUGAGAAGGACGUUGGCAGGCCGUGCAGAUCGUUGACCCAGGCUCAGAAGAUCAACAUCCAGAAUGGCUACUGCAGGCACCUCAGGGCUGGGACGCAGGAAGAAGGCUCCUGGUCUCAUGGAUCAAAUUGGCAGGUUCUUUGGAGGGGAUAAGAAGAAAAGAGGGAAGGGUUCAUUCCGUGGUCACCUGUCUUCCUCACCCCCAAGAGCCCAGCAUUCCUCAUCCCGACGCCGUGGAGAUGUGAACCCUGUCCUUCAUUUCUUCAGGAGCUUUGUGUCCUCUCCUCGCCCUAAGUCAAGGUGGAGGGAACUCUUGGGCCUGGCAUCACCAUCGCCGCGUGGCUCAGAGAGUAUCAGAUCGCCCCACAGACGCCGCAGAGAACAGAACACACUCUCCAGAAUCUUCAAUCUGGGAGAAAGUAGAUCUCGUUCUCCACCCAAACGCUGGAGCACCAUCUUCUGAGCCCUCGACUGACAUGGGAACGAGCCAGAUAGAAAAUAAGGGAAAGGAUGAAGAGGAGGAAGGAAAAGCAGAGGGUCUCUGCCUUGUGGACUCACACUUUGCUAUGCAUUUAACAGACUAAUAUUGGCCACCUCCGCUUAUUAGACAGUGAUACAAUCCUGAUAUUGGAAAUUAUUUACCUACAGAGUGACAAGAGCGAGGUGUGUGCUGGUGAGGUUCAGUGGUCAUGUGACAUUGGCCAUAGUUAUAUAGUGUUUUGAAAUAUUGGCUUUAUCUGAGCACUUAAGAAUAAGUGCCUCGAUAAAAUUGAAUAUGCAUUAUAAAUCAAAAUAGCCGUUCUUUAAAAUUAUGCAUCUUUUUCACCAAUAUUUGUGCCUAUCCCAAUAGAAAUGCUCAAACUGAUGCAUAUCCUACCAAAAUGGCAACCUCCAUGACAACGCACUAGCCCACUUGAGUUUCAUAUAAGUAAUAAGAGUAAUAUAAUUCAAUAUAAGGCCACCUCCUACUUGAUUUUACUUUAAAAUAUACUGCAAUAGCUAUAGUAAUCAAUAGUCUCUUUUUUAUUAAAGGUGGUUUUCAAUCACUUUGUCUUUUCUCCAUGUGAAAUUUACACUAAGUGCAUUUUUUACUUUGAUACAUUAUUCAAUGUCAUACUUUAAUCCACAUAAUACUGUGAGAAAUGAUUCCGGGUUGUUGUAUGUAAGUGUAGUGUAUUUUUGGACAUCGUGUGCGUUCUUUGUGGUUGUCAAGUGUCCUGUCAUGUAUAGUAUGUUUCUAUGUUUAAAAUGAUUUGCAUAUAGGAUUUUGGACUGUGUUUUGCCAUUUAAGAGUUCUUUAUAACAUUCAGUAUUGUAUAUUAUUAAUGCAUGACAAUAAAAUAUCAAUUUGUAUAACAAUAAUUAAUAGAAAAAAUUGCAACAGAUACUAAAAUUGUAAGUCUCGGAACUGGAAAGCAGUAUCCAAGCCAGCAGAGACUUAAUGAAAUGCCCUUCAAUUGCACUGAUGUAGUAAAAUAUUUAUUUUAAUGGCUUAGAAAUACAAUGAGUGGAAAUGUUUCACAUAUUUACUGUUCAUUACUUUUGCAUAAUAUAUCCAAGAAAAGAAAGGGUAAAAAAAAUUCCAAGAUGGCAACGCUUCAAAGGUAGCGAAGGUGUGAGAGAGGAAACGAAAAGUGAAAGACAGAUAUGAGAAAAGAAAUGAGCAGCAAUGAAAGGAUAGAAAGAAUAGAGAUGAGAUGAGUGAGAUUGGUUUAAUUCAGUCUAUGUUACAGAUAGCCUUCUGUUUAUAAUGUGUCCUCAUAUUUUGUUUUAUGUCUCAUAGAACUUUCAUGUAUGUGCUGUUUAUGAAUGAGUGCUGAAUAUAUAAAUAAAUUUCAGUUAUUCUGCCCAUCAGCGCUGUAUACAUCCCAAAUGGUGCUACAGAUUCAUAAUGCGGAGAAUAUUUACGUAAGAGUGGCCAAGUUUUUAAGUUAUGAUGUGUAAUACUUUUAAUCAGUUGAUAUUUUAAGUAACAUCAAAUAAAAAUUCCUAAGUAUA